AUGGCCACUAGAAACAGGACAGAAGUAACUGAAUUUGUCUUAUUGGGCCUGUCCAGCUGGCCAGAGAUGCAGCCAGUUAUUUUCGGGAUUGUCUUUUCCAUGUACCUAGUGGCACUUAUGGGCAAUGCCCUAUUAGUAAUUGUUGCCCUUUCAGACCCCAAGCUUCAGACCCCAAUGUAUUUCCUGCUCAGUCAGCUUUCCUUCAUUGACAUGUUUCUGACAACCAUCACUGUUCCCCAGAUGCUGGUGCACACCCUGUCUGCGAAUAGAACCAUCUCCUUUAAUUGCUGCAUGAUCCAGCUGUUCUUUUUUAUGGCUGUGGGCAGCAUGGAAGGCCACUUGCUGGCUGCCAUGGCCUAUGACCGCUAUGUUGCCAUCUGUGACCCCUUAAGAUACUCUGCCAUCAUCAGCCAUCACCUCUGUCUGCGCAUAACCGUGACCUCAUGGGUGGUCGUCAGCCUCAACAGCCUCCUUUAUAGUGUGUUGGUCACCCGCUUAACCUUUUGCGACAACCAGGUCACCCACUUCUUCUGUGACAUCACACCCUUGCUGAAGCUCUCCUGCACCCGACCAGUGGUCAACGAAAUGCUAAUAUUUACUGAGGGUGUAGCUGUGGUGGUCAGCCCCUUCUUCUUCAUUUUAGGUUCCUAUGCCCGCAUUGGCGUUGCCAUAGUCCGCAUGCACUCAGUUUCUGCCCUGCGCAAAGCCCUGUCCACAUGUAGCUCCCACAUUCUGGUUGUGCUACUUCUGUAUGGCUCUGUGAUCCGCAUGUACCUCCAGCCAUCUUCCAGCUAUGACUUGGACCAGGAUCGCCAAGUUGCCAUCUUUUACACAGUAGUUACCCCUAUGCUAAACCCACUAAUCUACAGUUUGCGGAACCAGGAAGUUAAAGGGGCUCUGCGAAGGCUUUUCAAGAAACUCCCCAUCUCAGGAAGCUUCCAACCUGGUUCCCAGGUGAACAGGAGAUGUCAGCACGUCUCCUGA